CCCCCCUCAGGACGGAAAGAGCCGGUGUCUUCCGUUUCAUCAUUACUUCGAGCUUUUUAUUUUCUCUGUGAAUUUGAUAAGCACUUGAGAUAUUUUUCGGCCGGUGUUGGGUUGCGAUCGAUCCGACUCCUACCGAGAAGUAAGAUUUGCGCAACCACACAGACGCGCACCCGCGUUCGAGCAGGAGGAAGGCGAGAGAAAUGGGAGCUCUGGAUCACAUCUCCGACCUCUUCGAUUGUUCCAGCGGCGGCUCCAAGCUCAAGAAGCGCAAGCAGUUGCAGACCGUGGAGGUCAAGGUGAAGCUGGACUGCGAGGGGUGCGAGAGGCGGGUGCGGCGCGCGGUGGAAGGGAUGAAGGGCGUCCAGCAGGUGGACAUCGAGCGCAAGGCGAGCAAGGUCACGGUGGUCGGGUACGUGGACCCGGGCAAGGUGGUGGCGCGCAUCAGCCACCGGACGGGCAAGAAGGCCGAGCUGUGGCCGUACGUGCCGUACGACGAGGUGGACCACCCGUACGCGCAGGGGGUGUACGACAGGAAGGCGCCGGCGGGUUACGUGAGGUACUCGCAGGACCCGCAGACGAACCAGCUGGCCCGCGCGAGCUCGACGGAGGUCCGCUACACCACCGCGUUCAGCGACGAAAACCCAGCAGCCUGCGUCGUCAUGUGAACGUGAUAUCAUGAAAAGCCAGAUGUCCCUGGCCUCGUCGGAAAGUUGUCUGGAU